GGGAGGGAAGGAGGGAGGCAGGCAGGCCAGUGGCUCCCUUCCAGGAAGUCAAAGAAAGAGCCAGGGCAACUCCAUCCGCAGCAACAGCCUCGCCAAAGGGUCAUUUUCUUUGUUGCGCCUCGCUGUGCGCCAUGGCCAGCUCCAAGAGACAAAGAAACGCCAACCAUUCCUCAGGAGAAAUCCAUGUGGAUAGCAAGAAUGAGUUGCAAGUCAAAGAUGGAGAGCAAAACCUCACAGAGACAGAUGCCAUAGAUGAAAGAAUGAACCAUCUCUUUGAUCCAGCAGCAGAAUACAAAAUGAACCACAAGAGAAGAGGACUUGCUCUUAUUUUCAAUCACGAGCAUUUUUACUGGCACUUAAUGUUACCAGAGAGACGUGGCACUCUUGCUGAUAGGGAGAACCUGAAACGUGGCUUGACUGACCUUGGAUUUGAAGUGAAGUGCUUUGAUGAUCUGAAAGCCGAAGAGGUGUUACAGAACAUUUACAAUGUGUCCACAGGUGAACAUGAUGAUGCAGACUGCUUCGUAUGCGUUUUCCUGAGCCACGGAGAAGAUGACCAUGUUUAUGCCUAUGAUGCUAAAAUAGAGAUAAAGUCAUUGACCAACAUGUUCAAAGGAGAUAAAUGCCCAAGCUUAGUAGGCAAGCCAAAAAUAUUUAUAAUUCAGGCAUGCAGAGGAGAUAAGCAUGAUGACCCAGUUCUUGCUCGUGAUACAGUGGAUAGCAGAAAAGAAUCAGACAUCAAUGAAACAGAAGUUGAUACUGCUGCAGUGUAUACAUUACCCGCUGGUGCAGACUUCCUCAUGUGUUACUCUGUAGCGGAAGGGUAUUAUUCACACCGGGAGACUGUAAAUGGUUCCUGGUACAUCCAAGAUCUGUGUGAGAUUAUCAGACGACAUGGUUCUUCCCUGGAGUUCACCGAUUUGCUGACGAUGGUCAACAGGAAAGUAUCUCACCGCAAAGUGGAUGUGUGCAGAGAUAGUAAGGCUAUAGGGAAAAAGCAGAUCCCUUGCUUUGCUUCAAUGUUAACUAAGAAGUUGUAUUUCCGCCCCAAAUCUAAGUAGCUUAAUAAGAACGUUGUCUAGCUUUUUUAACUGCUUCCUUUUUUGCUGUCAAGGACUUAUCCAGUCAAAUACACAGCACACUUGAAUUAUUUAGGCUGUAAUUCUGUACACAUUUAUCUGGAAACAAGUCUCAUUAAGCUCAGAUGAAUCUUGGUGCUACGUAUGUUUAGAUAAUGAGCACAGCUUUAUUUAGUUCUAAUCACUGUACAUAUUUGGUCAAUUUGGGCUGUUUCUAACAUGGAAACAUUAAUGGCAGAUGCAAGCAGUAAAGUUACAAAACGUGACCAUAACUUUUAAAUGUUCCCAGUAUUAAAGUUGCAAAAUUUGAAAUAAUUUUAUCAACAAAGCUACCAAUACAAAUUCAAAAUAAAAAUUUCAUUUGUAGGCGCCCCACAAAAUUUAGUAUCUGUUGAAGUUGUUUGAUUUGAAAUUAACAUUUGUGCUAACCUUAGGAAGGUUUUGAAAAUUAAAUCACUUGAGUAACAAAAGAGCAGCUUUUUUGACCAACUUUUUUUUUGUCGUGUCAGGAGCGACCGGAGAAACUGCAACUGCUUUUGACCAACUGCUUUGCACUGAAUUACUGUUUGUAUCACAUUUUGUAACUGAACUUUUGUACUUUUAAACAUUUUUGGAAGUUCUGUUUAUAUAGGCGAAUCUGUAUAUUAGGGAUCACUUUCCUUAUCUGUUGUAUUAAAGGGGUCUCUUUCCAUGUUUUACCUUUAGCAAGUGCCACCUAAAAAUACUAUAAAAGAUUUAAUUAUGCAUUGUCGAAUGUAUUGUCGAAGGCUUUCAUGGCCGGAAUCACUGGGUUGUUGUGUAUUUUCUGGGCUGUAUGGCCAUGUUCCAGAAGCAUUCUCUCUUGAUGUUUCACCUGAAUCUGUGGCAGGCAUUCUCAGAGGCUGUGAGGUGUGUUGGAAACUAGGAAAAUGGGGUUUAUAAAUCUGUGGACCAUGUCAGACUACACGGAGGAGCCAUUGAAAUCCACAAGAAUGUGGACAAUUUCAACAGAAAGGAAGAAACCAUGAAAAUGAACAAAA